ACGUAGUAUCUAAUCAAACCCUAAUCUAAUCAAACUCCCCAACCAACCAAAGUGUGUUCUCUGUUUCAUUAGCUUCUCUUCAAUGACUAACAACAUCACAACAACUCAAAGGGACCGCCGUAUUCUCUCAUUCCCGGCGGUUCAACCCUGCGAAGGCAUAUCUCCGGCAACCCUCCUCACUUCUCUAUUAUCACUCUCACAAACCAUAUGCAAUUUCCAACCCCAAUCUUUCACCACCCAACGAAGAAACGCCAGAGAAACCACACGCCAAAUUGGCAUCAUUCUCAUCUUCCUCCAAGAACGUGAGUUUCUCAUCCCUGAUUCUUUAGUCCUAUCCUUCUCAGAACUCCACUUCACUCUACAAAAGAUUCACUUCUUGCUACAAGAUUGUUCCCUACAAGGUUCUCGUCUCUUGAUUCUGACCAAGUCUCACACCGUCGCCUCUCAUUUUCGAUCACUCAUUCGCACUGUGGCCACUGUUCUAGACGUGAUUAUGCCUUUGGAGAGGUUUCAAGUUUGCCAUGAAGUGAAGGAGCUAGUUGAGUUGGUAGCCAAGCAAGCGAGAAAAGCAAAAUUCGAUGUCGACCCCAACGAUGAGCGUGCUAGAAGAAUGGUUCAUUCUGUUCUUCACCAGUUCGAGAGAGGAAUCGAACCGGAUGUGAGUUCCAUACGAGAAAUUCUCGACUACCUUGAAAUCAAGACAUGGUUUGAUUGUGACAACGAGAUAAAAUUCCUGGAACAAGAGAUUGUCAAGUCUGAGAGCAGUGAAUUUCACGAGCGAGAGGUUCCGAUUCUGAGUAGCUUGGUGGGGUUGUUAAGCUACUGCAGGGGAGUGAUAUUUGAAACUCUGGAACUGGGUCAGAAUCCAUCAAACACUGACCAAUCUCAAGGUAGGUGCAGCACGGAGAUGAUAACAACAACAUGUUGCGUGAAUCCAGAGGAUUUCCGGUGUCCAAUUUCCCUUGAAUUGAUGACAGACCCGGUGACUGUCUCCACAGGACAAACCUACGACCGUUCCUCCAUUCACAAAUGGCUGAAAGCAGGGAACACUACUUGUCCCAAAACAGGGGAGAGCAUAGCGAAAACAGAGUUAGUCCCCAAUGUCACACUCAAGAGGCUAAUCCAGAAUUUCUGCUCGGAUAACGGAAUUUCGAUUGCGAAAUCGAGUAACCGGAGCCGGGAUAUGACGAAGACCGUCGCGGCGGGUAGUCCGGCCGCGGCGCACGCCGUGCAGUUUCUGACGUGGUUUCUCACUAACAGGCUCGUGUUUGGGACUACAGAGCAGAAGAACAAAGCUGCUUAUGAAAUUCGCGUGCUUGCGAGGUCCAGCAUUUUCAACAGGGCGUGUUUGGUUGAAGUUGGAGCAGUGUCACCACUGCUUGAGCUUUUGAAAAUAGAGGAUGCUCAUGCUAUUGAUAAAUCCACACAAGAGAAUGCAAUUUCUGCUUUGUUGAAACUCACCAAGCACUCGAGUGGACCUGAAAGUGUAAUGGAAAGUGGAGGUUUGAAACCGAUUCUCUCGGUUCUCAAAAAUGGGGUUACCCUCGAAGCAAGGCAAAUUGCAGCUGCUACUGUGUUCUACCUUUCUUCAGUGAAGGAAUACAGAAAAUUGAUUGGGGAAAACCCAGAAGCAAUUCCAGCUUUGGUGGAAUUGAUUCAGGAAGGAACAACCUGCGGAAAAAAGAACGCGGUGGUUGCGAUUUUUGGGCUACUCUUGCAUCCUAGGAACCACCAGAAGGUGCUUGAAGCUGGUGCUGUUCCUGUUCUCCUUGAUGUCUUGGCUUCUUCCGACAAGGAGGAACUCAUCACUGAGUCUCUAGCUGUUCUUGCAGCUCUGGCUGACAAUGUUGAUGGAGCUCUUGCGGUGUUUCGAGCCAAGGCGUUACCGUUGAUCACUAUGAUGCUGCAAUCUGCGGCGACUUCUCGUGCGGGGAAGGAACAUUCAGCUUCUGUGUUGCUGUCACUGUGUGUCAAUGUUGGCGCGGAGGUUGUGGCGGUUCUUGUGAAGGAUCGCACGGUGAUGCCUUUGCUUUAUUCGCUUCUUACUGAUGGAACUUCACAUGCUGCUAAGAAAGCAAGGUUCCUCAUCAGGGUUCUGCAGGAUUUCAAUGAAACUACAACUUCUGGAUUGAAAGGUUGCUCAGUUCCACGGGAACGAUCCCUGCAUCAAGUUUGGUGAAUGAGUUUGCAAUUUCUCCUGUGAAUAUAGAUAUACUUAUUUUUUGUGUAAAUAGUGUAACAUACAUUGGCUAUUUGAGUUGCUAAGUUUGAGAUUUAUGAAAUUAGCUCUCUGCUCUUUUUAUCCCCAGCGAGCUGAUUUCAAUAAGUGAGCUUUAGCUUACACUGGAAAGUUUUGUUCAUAUGUAGUAGAUUAGCAUCUACUUAUGUAUUGAAGUGGUGUGAAAUUAGAUGAUGAAAAAUUGAAAUCAUAUUUCUGGAUUA